UAAGUUAAUUGACCUUCCUUAAGUUAAUCUUGAACUAGAUGCAGUGGAUCUGUGUAAUGAGCUUAAACAUUAUAUCAUCGUUUUUUAAACUCUUCAAAUCUAGCAAAAUUACGUAUGAUACGCCUUUGUAAAUUUAAGAGCAGUUAAGAUCACUAAUCAAAAUAAAUCUACUUUAUGCUAUUUAGUAAGCAUGGCUUGCAAACUACAAAUAGAGCGCAUCAAGACAAAAUUUACUCGAUAAUCCCAGAUUUCCCUAGUUUUAAGGUCAUAACUCGAUUAGCGUCCCGAGAUUAAACGUUUGCUUCUGAGCUUGGAAUCGAUUCAUUUCAAUAACAUCAUAAUUCGAUAACGCAAAGAGUCAUCCAGUUAAACGCAGUUAAGAUGUGUGCCUCAUCACAAUUUAUUCUCUAUAUCAUCGAGAUAACAUGAUUAGUGUGAGAGAAUAGACAAACUUAAAAGAAGCCCAUAACUGUGAUCUCUUUAAAUGUAUUGUGUACACCGAGACGUUCACACAUGCAGUGUCGGGACAUAGCGCGCGACAUCGAUAGUAACAGAAGCUAUAGUGAGCACGUGCGUGGCUUCCUCUAUCCGCUUGUACUGUAACACGUGGCCCAUAACAUCGUAAGACAGAGAUGCAUUGACUUAGAAAUCGGGAAACUGUGGGUUUUCUUGUCAUCUAUUGCCCUUACCGGCUUGACUGUAUACGACUUAGUGUUUAUAUGUUACAAUGAUAACAAUUGGUGGCUUCGACGGCUGAUUUGGCGGUUUAUGGCAUGUUUGCAAAUAACCGCCGUUACGGGUGUUUGAUUUUACGUCAAACAAAAACUUCGAGGCUUGUGUAAUUUUUGGGGACUUAAUCAUUAAAAAAUCACACUGUCUCGAUUCACUGACUGCACAGUGCAGAACGCACUGAAGUGAGAUUUUUUGUUGGAUCAUCUGGAACGUGAGGCGUCGCCUUUGUUACAGUGGGAAUAUUUUGUGCUUGUGCAAAAUAACCUAAGAUAAAGGAAUUAAUGUUUCCAUUAUUAAUAGGGACAAGGGUUAAGGAGAGAAAAGUUCAGUACUUAUGAAAAGAAAAAAUAAGUUGUUACAGCAUGGAGUUUCCGGAUUUCACCUAAAAUGAUAACACCUUAAACGAUCAAUUUCUUUGCUGAAAUUUGCAUCUAAUGAAUAGCGGUGUGAUUGGAUACAGUGAGUUGUGGAGAAACCUUUGACAGAUAGAAGUUGAUAGCAGUCCAUUACUGUCAACCCAUGCUCUACUCUUAGAUACUGUUCUUGAUAGAGUGUUCUAUUGGACCGCGGGUGGUAUGCUGCAACGAUUGAAAUGGCUAUUUAUCGCAUUCAUAUGGAUUUUACAAGUAAAAGAAAUGUUUAUAAACGGUUUGCCUUUAAAUGGGACAUUUUCAUCUAGUAUUUCAACAAACAAGUCGGCUGAUUCCUUGAAUACUUCGCUUAACACUCGAGCAAACCAAUCCGAAAGCUUGUCAAAUAGAACCACUCUACUAGAUUCAUUUCAAAUAAAUACCUGGUAUCAGUCCAAAAAAGAGCAUCAAGCACCCGGUGUGAAUUUAGUGUUGCUACCUGUUGGUGCCUUAGUCUGUUUUCUUGUAAUGAUAUCAUUGCGCUUCUGCACAUGGCAAAGAGAGGAUCAUAAGUUUAAAGAGCGAGGAUGUAGUUAUGAUGUCACCAAUUACGUCAUUUUAAUUCAAGGUGACGCAGACUACAGCGAUGUCGAUAUACGAUCAGAGACGCUGUCUAACUAUGACACAGUGAAUUCUUACGUGUCUGGUGUACCCAAAAGUCCUUGGCGUGCUCAUUCAGCCAUGCCAGCCUAUGUUUCCCUCCAAAGCCGCAUUGACUCUCAAAUGUACGACACAGUGACGUCAUAUCGAUCUUACCUCCAAAGUCCUCAUGGCAGAAAGACAUUUAAUUUUGAUAAAAAAGAUAUCAUUGAAAACGAUAAAAUAGUUAACAGUAAACAAACUCCACAGAGACCUCGAAAAAUACCUGGUACUAGAUUUUCAAUCGUCCCGGCACUAGACAACUAUAUGAGAUUAAAGAGUUUGAAUAAACCGCCUUCACAGCCUGAAUCCCCUAAAUUACUUCGCAUGGCCUCAGAAUCACCAGAUACUCUGUCAUCAAAUGAUUCAGAUAUCGGUGUAGUGCCGCGAAGAAACAAAAAAAGUCGUGUUUCUUUCACUGAUAAAAGUAAAGACUGUGGACAGAAUCGGCGACCGAGAAAAUGCAAAAUGGUCGACGCACAAACUCAAGUAGGUUUUCGCCGAAGUAAAACGGCUUCUCAAAAAUCAAAUUCCACCACAAACUCUUCAAUGGCUUCAGAGCCUAUUGAACGUGUCAACAGCGGAGGGGAAACUCCAGAAAAAAGGACAAGUGUAAGCCAUGAAAGUUUAAACAGUGAUUUAAAACGUUCUAACAAUAUUGAAGUCAAAGCAGAAGUAUAUAACGAUCAGAAAUUCUGUAAUAAUCGUAAAAUAUGCGAACCAUGUUGUGAUCGGACUACUGAAGGGAAGGAAAACCUUCAAAAUUGUUAUUUAACAAGUCAGAAUGAAGAUCACACAGCUGUGAAAGGAGUGACAGAAUCCACUCAAUUUGUCUCCGAAAGAACUCUCUCUGCACCUGUGUCAAACGAUUAUGCAGAGAUUCAAAUUAAUAUAACUGAGAAUCCCUAUGUUACUCCUCCCAAAGAGCAGACGACAAGCACAAUGACGUCAUCUCUCUUGUGCUGCCCUAGCAUUCCGCCCAAAACCAAAUCCGAAACAGACUUGUUUAAAAAUAACAACAAUAAUUCAUCCAUGGAAAAUCUAUGUAGAAGAAAGAGUUGCGACAUAAUCCAAAAGUCGCGCGGUAAAAACGCAAAAAUCUCCCCAAUAGGUAUUCACCAAACAAGGUGCUUCUGUGAUAAUCAGAGAAAAUUUUCUCUCGGUGCCAUAUCAAACGAUACCAAUUCCGUAUUUAAGUCUAAGAAUAGAGGGACUUCCUUGUCCUCCCUGAAGGACGUGCUGAACUUAAGGAAAAAGAAUUGUGAACAGAAUGGUAACUUGCUGCAAAAAUCUGAAAGCCGUUCAAAUGUGGAAACCGUUUGAAUGUUUUCAGGAAGUUUUUUUUUUACAUGUUGGGUAUAAUAUGUAAAGUCUAAUUAAUUUUUAUCGAAGACUAAACGAAUUUUCAGUCUUUGUACUUGUAUGUGAGAUAACGCCCAUUUUCUAUGAAUUUAUUACCCGAAAAUAUCGCACAGUACGUAGAUAGCAUAAAUAUCUCGGACGAUAAAUCUGUACAGAACUGAUUAUUGUGUCUGUACUUGUACAGGUCUUGUACCUAUAAUAGAAUCACUCUACAGCAGUGGGCCCUCUGGCUGUGUAUGCACGAUAUAGAUCCCUAAAAGUACUCUUGUUUGAAUCGUAAUCUCAGGAGUCGGAUCAAUUUAUUGUGCUAUACAGAACACAGUGCAUACUCUUGUCAUUCUGUAGCAUUUGUCGACAGACAUUGUUAGUUUUAACGCGCACACCUACAUUUACACUUCAAGAAAAUCUUUUGACCGAAAUUUGCGUCGCGAAGAAUUGAUGGGGCGUGAUUUUGUUCGACAGUUAAUUAAAAACUUUAUUAUCAUGGGUUCAAUAUUCUUCAUUUUAAAUACUUAGUUUUUUCCGUUUAUUUCAAUAAUUUUGUUUGGUAAUAAUCGUAAUGUUUUCCCCAACGCUUUCCGCUAUUGAGAAAUAUAGAUGCCUGAACCAAUACCACACAUCAUGGGACCGAUUAUUUUCUCUUUUGUCUGUGCUAUCAAACUUUUUAGAAUAAAACCUCUCUCUCUAGCUAAAAAAUAAAAAGGUGUAUCUUUUCACGGAAAUAGAAAGCACUAACCAAAACAUCAAAGUCAUGCAUACUUUACACAGGCAAUGGUGCAAAAAAUAGAUUCAUGUUUUCCAAAAGUCAAUGAUGAUAAUUGCAAAUAUAUAUCUAAAAUUAUUUUGGGGAGAAAUCGGAAGUAUUUUAAGUUAAUUCACAUUUGGAUCCUAAGUAUAUAUACAAAAAAUAAUCGGGAUUGUUCUUUUUACACCCCCACUUUUACAAUUGGCAACAACAAUGGAAGGUAUUUUUACGUGAAAACAUCUUUGUAUCUCUAGAACAAAUCCACUAGACAUAAAAAAGUUGAAGGAGUAUUGCAAAUCACCCAAAAGAAAGAAAAUGCACUAUACAGGAUCUCUACAUUAAAGAUAUAUAUACCUCGUGUAUAGAUAAAUGAAGAAAAUGCUUCUGUUCAUUGCAUAAAAGAAUUUCUUUGCUUGAGCGACCAGGAAACUCCGCAUUGUGAAUGUGUUUUAAUCUUCUUUUUUUUUUAGUUCUUUGGUUCCUUGAUGUUCCUGUGUCGAAAUUUUUUUUGAAAAUUUAAAUAUUUGAGUU